ACACCACGAUAUCACCAAACUCGGUAAGUUAUUUCUAAAUUUCCUUCUUCCUCCCUUACCACUCAUAUCUCCUCUCCCUCUAUACCAACCAAAUCACUUUCUAUCAUUCCUUUUUUUUCGAGAAAAAAAAAUCAAUUUGUACAAUUCCGCAUACAUUUCUAACACAAGAACCCUUGCCAGUAUACCGUCACAAUGGGCGACGCAUCAAUCGAAUCCCCCGAAUGGCGCAAGGUCGAGGUCGGCCGCAUCGUCCUCGUCCAGGGCAACAGCCCCUACGCCGGCAGACUCGCUGCCAUCGUCGAGAUCAUUGACCACAAGCGCGCUCUGGUUGAUGGACCUUCCGCAGACCCCAAGCUGGUCGUCCCCAGACAAGCCAUCUCCUUCGUCGAUGUGCUAUUGUCCGACUUGAAGAUCCAGAAGCUGCCGCGCGCCGUACGAACGGGAACUUUGAAGACGGCGUGGGAGAAGUCCGAGAUCGACGCUAAGUGGAAGGAGAGCAAGUGGGCUAAGCGAAAGGAUCAGACAGAACGAAGAAAGGCUCUUACCGACUUCGACCGAUUCAAGGUCCUGCGACUCAAGAAGCAACGACGAUUCGAGGAACGAAAGGCCCUGGCUAAGGUUAAGGCAUCCGCAUGAAAUGAAAGGGAGGGAAUAAAGAGUGACUCUGGUAAAACGGUCUCUUUCAGAUAGGGCGGAAGGUUGUCUACGGAUCUAGUCCGCAUGAAACAACAAACACAUCACAUAUAUUGGCAUGGGGUUGCUGGGUUUCUUCUGCUUCGUCUGGCAAGACCUGUAUGUCACUCAUAACUUCUCCAUGAGGUGACCGGCGUCAAUGAUAAGGGAAAUUCACACAUCAACUGAAGAUGCUGACAUGUGCCCACGUAAUUCUUCUUUUGCCUCUCCUCUCUCCCACGGCCUGAAACUGCUACUAUUAUUAGGUAGCUAGUAGGCACAUGUAGUUAUGCGC